GCGAGCGCGGGCGGGUGGCGGCCGCGGCUCGGCGCGGCGGGGCCUGGCGGCGCCAUGAAGGCGUGCGAGUACCGGCAGAUCCCCCCGGGCGCCCCCGCCGCGCCCCCGGGCCCGCCGCCCCCCGCCCCGGAGCCGCCGGCGCGCGCCCCGCGCCGCAAGUGGGAGGCGUUCCCGGGCCGCAACCGCUUCUACUGCGGCGGGCGCCUCAUGCUGGCGCGGCACAGCGGCGUCUUCGCCCUCACGCUGGGGCUGAUCCUGGCCACCAGCGGCCUCUUCUUCGCCUUCGACUGCCCCUUCCUUGCCAGUCACCUGACCCUGGCCAUUCCCAUCAUCGGGGGUGUCCUGUUCUUCUUUGUCAUCAGCUGUUUGCUGCAGACAAGCUUCAGAGACCCAGGUAUCCUGCCCAGAGCCACCCCCAGUGAGGCUGCAGACCUGGAGAAACGGAUUGAUAGCAUGGGCACCUCCACCUACCGCCCGCCCGCCCGGACAAUGGAAGUGGUUAUAAACAAAUACGUGGUGAAAUUAAAGUACUGCUAUACCUGCAAAAUGUUCCGACCCCCCCGGACCUCUCACUGCAGUGUUUGUGAUAACUGUGUAGAGCGGUUUGAUCACCACUGCCCCUGGGUAGGCAACUGUGUGGGGAAGCGCAACUAUCGCUACUUCUACGCCUUCAUCCUCUCCCUCUCCUUCCUGACGGCCUUCAUCUUCGCCUGUGUUGUCACCCACCUCGCUCUGCGCUCUCAGGGAAGUGGAUUUGUCACCACUCUGAAGGCAACACCGGCGAGCGUGCUGGAGCUGGUGAUAUGUUUUUUCUCAGUCUGGUCUAUUUUGGGCCUCUCAGGUUUUCACACUUACCUAGUCGCCUCCAACCUGACGACGAAUGAAGACAUCAAAGGGUCGUGGUCAAAUAAGAGAGGCUCAGAGUUUGCCAAUCCCUACAGCCAUAAGAGUAUCCUCACCAACUGCUGUGCAGUAUUGUGUGGGCCAUUCCAUCCCAGUUUAAUAGACAGAAGAGGAUUUAUCCAGCCUGAUGCCGGGACCCCGUCCAGUCCCAAGAGUGAAAUCCCCUCCUUUGGAUCCAAGACUGACACCAGCAUGCCUGAUGCCGAGCAAGACCUUGGCCUCAGCCAGGGAGAGGGGUUCCAACCACAGCUGGGAAGCAAGAAGGGCUGCUUGGGAAACCCCAACCUCUCAGAACCAUCCAAGCUUGGAGUGUCCGCUCCAGAGACCUGCCAUCUUUCCUGCGGGGAUUAGCUGAAUGGGCUGCGGUGCCUUGUGGAGGCUGAGGAUGGGGAGGUGGACACAGCCCAUGUCCCAUCUCCUGUGCUCCAUUCUAGAAUGGGGGUUGGGUUUUGGGGGACGAUGAAGGCUGAAAGCUGGGUCUCCCUGUUGUCGUUACAAAUGCCUCCUCCGUCUCUGCCCCAGCAGUGUGAGGGGCAGCUUCAUGUGUCAGUAUAAACUACGUUCCCAUCUGGGCCUGUGGAAUAUGUAGCGUCCCUUUCCCAGCAGCACCAGUACUUUUCAGAAUUGAGGCUGGCUGGUUGGGAUGACAUUCCCUUUCCCAGAUGCUGGGGAGAGCGCUGAGGGUCCAGACCCCUAUGGGGCACUGAACAUAGGCAGGGAAAUAGAUGUGCCAUCCCAGUUGCUGUUGAGUGCUGGCUCUCACCUGGUCACGGAGAAGGUGCUGACCAACCUUUCCUAGUGUUGUAGCCCUUUCAGCUAGUAAGAAGCCAUGCAGGGACAAGGAUACAGCCCAGAGGAGCUCUUAGUUUUAAUUGGUAGAAACAAAAUAAGCAAAGCAUUUUGUGGGUUUAACUGCGAGAUGUUGCCCUUAAAUGAUAACCUGUUAGAUCUCUGCCCAACACUAGGUGGCUAAAGCGUGAGUGGGCUCUGUGUGUAAAGAGCUUUAAUGGCAAUGUUGGUGUUGAAGAGGCACAGCUUGCCCAAAUUGGGUUACCCUGAGUGCUGGUGUCAGUUAGCCUGCUCUUGGUUUGGAUUCCCGGCCAGUAGAAUAGAGAGUGGGGCCACCUGCUGGCCCUCUGGGAAUGAUUCCUCUGAGUCUGUCUGCCCCAGGGUGGCACCAUAUCUGUUGCUGCUCCUUACCAGGUGUUCACCAGUCUGCCUUGUGGAUUACUGACACUGGCGAGUGUGUGUAGGAGAGUUACAGACACAUUAGCAAUACUUGAAAUGCGUUUAUUAAAAGCUGCUGGGUAUUUUUGCACAAUUUUUAAAUUUUUUUCUAGGUAGUAUUUUUUUGUGUGUCGGUGUAGAUAGCGCUGUACGUAUCCCUGGCACCAGGGCAGAGAUUUGCAGUGUUUGUUCUGUGUUAAGCCACUUGGUUAGACACCCCUGGGCGUUGCAGUAUGUAUCGGACCCAAAGCCCUUUCAUCUUUCUCACCUGUGCUUUCAUCACUAAUCAGUGCAUUUGGGGGGCAGAUUGUCACAGAGGUAUUCCCCUGUAUUCUGCUUUGCACAUUGUGAAUGACAGCACCCUAGCAGAGAAUUGCCAGCUGCUGCAAACUUAAGGAAAACAUAGGGUGCAUGGAAGGGGCUGGUAUUGCUUAAGGCACCCCUCAUUGCCCUACCCUGUGAGUCAGUCUGUUGAGCAGUGGUGAACUUCAAUGGGACAAUAUUUAAAUGCACCCCCCAACAUGGUGUUCUCACAUUCCAUGCAUUCCCUUCCUCUCUAGUUUUUGGCACUCUUUUGUAGCCCAGUUUUGUUGCUGGCCAGAAAAUGUCACAAAUCCUGACUGUUCAAAGAGCAGUGCAUGAGAUGUGCCCUGCCCCUCCACCACCCACGUCCUGGGGUUGGGAACUUGGGCCUGCAUUUACAUGCUGCAGGCUUCUUGCAGAAGGCAGUGGUUUUAGGUGGGGCUUUGAGAGAAGCUUUAGCUGAGAAGAAUAUUGGACGAUUUCAAACCAUUCCUUUUUGGAGAUUUGAUUAAAAAUCUGCUCCUUCCACCCUGUAAAUGUUCCUUUUGCUUCAUGUUUCUGGCUCAGUAUUCAAGUGAGAUUGGGCAUGGCAGGGGUGCUGUUGUCAGUGGACUGAUCUGAAAGUACAGCCAGGGGUUGGCGGUGCUGCUGCCCUGUUAUAGGUGUGGCUGGGGACUGGACGACUUGGGCUUCAUAUGCUGUUCUCAGUCAGUCCCCUUUCCAGCAGGGUGUCUAGUCCAAAGCCAGCCCCUAUUGUUAGUGACCAAAAGCAUUUACCAGCUGUUUCUCAGAGAAGUAUCCUCACACACACACCCCCCAUGUUAAUGUUUCCCACUGCUGGCAGCUGAGGUGAAGAAGGGUUGGUACCAGCAUGUAGAAUAAACUACCACCUGAGCCCUGGGGGUGACCCUGGCAGCUCAGGGGUGAGGCAGGCUGGCAGGGCAGCUGACACACCAGGCUACAGCUCAUGUGCCUUGCUGCUCCUAGACUGAUCUUCACCCCAGACGGAUCAAUGCAACAGUGUAAAAAGCUGCUGCUGUGUCUGGAAAACAACACUCCAAAAUUCCUUUCCAGAAAUUAUCCCGCACAGCAGUUACCGUCUGUCUUCCCUUAGCCACAAAUAGCCGGCGCACUAACUCUCCCCUGGCCCUGAUGCCGUGUUUCAUUGCUUGUGUAAUGGUAGGACAGGCAGAUGGAGUGUAGAGGGUCAGUAAAGCUACACUCUAAGAGGCUGCAGCUUUGAUGGGAUGGGAUAGGAAAACUGACCCUGCCUCCUACAGGAGUUCAGAAGGAGGGAGAGGGAGGCAAACUCUCUCACUUCUAUUUGAACCGGUCUCUCCUGUUAUUUGCUGUAAUAAAGUUAUAUUUUUAAAGUUAA